ACCGAGCUCAAACGUAUCAGUCUCUAUUCGACACCAAGCAAUCUCUCUCUCUCUCUCUCUCUUCUCGUGGUAGUAGGAAAUGGCGGCCGGGCCGGAGAGGGAUAUCGACGAGCUGCCGAAGAAUCCGGCCAACUACACGGCGCUGACCCCACUGUGGUUCCUGGAGCGGGCCGCGACGGUCCACCCGGAGCGGCUCGCGCUGGUCCACGGCCCGGCCCGUUACACCUGGGCGGACACCUACCGCCGGUGCCGCCGCCUCGCCUCCGCCCUCGCCAGCCGUUCGAUCGGCCCAGGGAGCACAGUAGCUGUAAUUGCACCUAAUAUCCCAGCUAUCUAUGAAGCUCAUUUUGGAGUUCCAAUGGCUGGUGCAGUUGUGAACUGUGUCAACAUUCGGCUUAAUGCUCCUGCAAUUGCUUUUCUUUUGGAUCAUUCUUCAACUGAAGUUGUUAUGGUGGAUCAGGAGUUCUUUUCAUUGGCUGAGGAAUCUUUGAAGAUAAUAGCAGACAAAAAGAAAGGGGCUUUCAGGCCUCCAAUUUUAAUUGUUAUAGGUGAUGAAACCUGUAAUCCCAGGUGUCUUCAAAAUGCUGUGAGAAAAGGUGCUAUUGAAUAUGAGAAGUUUCUAGAAUCUGGUGACCCUGAGUUUGCUUGGAAGCCACCAAAGGAUGAGUGGCAGAGCAUUGCUUUGGGUUACACUUCAGGAACAACAUCCAGUCCAAAGGGUGUGGUAUUGCAUCAUAGGGGUGCUUAUCUUAUGGCUAUCAGUAAUUCUCUGGUAUGGGGAAUGAAGGAACGGGCUAUUUACUUGUGGACUCUUCCCAUGUUCCAUUGCAAUGGCUGGUGCUUCACUUGGUCGCUGGCUGCUCUCUGUGGAACAAGCAUAUGUCUUCGCCAGGUGACAGCCAAGGCCAUCUACUCAGCCAUAGCCAACCAUGGUGUGACCCACUUCUGUGCUGCCCCAGUUGUCCUCAACACCAUCGUCAACGCACCUCCGAGUGAUGCCAUCAUCCCCCUCCCCCACGUCGUCAAUGUCAUGACUGCUGGUGCUGCCCCACCCCCAUCAGUCCUGGCUGCCAUGUCCAACCUUGGUUUCCGCAUCACACACACCUAUGGCCUGUCUGAGACUUAUGGCCCAGCCACUGUGUGCGCUUGGAAGCCUGAAUGGGACCGCCUCCCACCUAAGGAACGGGCCCGCCUCCAUGCCCGCCAAGGUGUUUGCUACAUUGGCUUGGAAGGCCUUGAUGUCAUUAACCUAAAGACCAUGGCCCCUGUCCCUGCUGACGGCAAAACUCUAGGAGAAAUUGUUAUGCGAGGUAAUUUAGUCAUGAAGGGCUACCUAAAAAAUCCAAAGGCAAACGAAGAGGCCUUUGCAAAUGGUUGGUACCACUCUGGUGACUUGGGUGUGAAGCAUCCAGAUGGAUAUAUAGAAGUGAAGGACCGAGCAAAGGACAUUAUUAUCUCUGGUGGUGAGAAUAUUAGUAGCCUAGAGGUGGAGAGUGCAUUAUAUUUGCAUCCUGCUGUUUUGGAAGUUUCAGUGGUGGCUCGGCCCGAUGAGCGGUGGGGGGAGUCACCAUGCGCCUUUGUAACAUUGAAGGAAGGUGUUGAUCGGACCAAUGAGAGAGCAUUGACAGAGGAUAUCAUGAAGUUUUGUCGUGCAAAGAUGCCGGCCUAUUGGGUUCCAAAGUCCGUGGUGUUCGGUCCCCUGCCAAAGACAGCUACAGGGAAGGUAAAGAAGCAUGAGCUGAGGGCAAAAGCCAAGGAGAUGGGACCAGUGAAGAAGAGCAGAUUGUGAGUUUCUGCUGCUGCUGCUGCUGCUACUCUUUGCUUCCUUGGGAUAGGCUUGAUAGCAAGUUUCAGGGUCAAUGAAUGGUGGGUCCUGAGUGAUACCAUCAAGCUUUUAUGUCUUAGGCAUGCAAUUUUUCUUUCUUUCUUUCUUGUUUUUUUGGUGAGAAACAGUUGAAUAAUGUUAAGCCAUAGAAUAUAUUGGACCUAUACAUGGCUACAGAUUAAGGUGAGUGAAUGCUCAGGUGGUCUGAUGGGUUUCUGGUUUUGAGCACUUGCA